AAGGGAUACCCUGCCCUUUCCCUGCAGCUGGUAAUACUACAUUUUACCAAUUCUCCAUCUAACUCUGUUAAUUGGGGGAUUCCAUCUCCAAGUCAGUUUAAGAAACACAAGCAAACAAACAGCGCAUAUCAGCCAGGUCUGUGUGUGCUGAGUGUGAGAACAGAGCCGCUGUGCACUGCAUUCCCUGUGUGCAAACACUGUCCCUGCAUGUACAGUCUGGGAUAAAACAAGAGACACGCAACAGAAAGAGAAAGGGACAAGCCGGGCCUUUGUUAACAUUGUGCUCCGCACCUGUACAAAAGGAUUGUACGGUGGAUAAGGUCCCUGUUAUAGGAACUGGAAGUGGGUGCAGCUCAAGUCCCAUUGGCACUGAGAUCGUUCCCUCUGAGAAGCCUCCAGUUGCAAUUACCAGUCCCUGUCUCUAGGAACAAUGCAUGGCUGUCAUAGACUGUUGAUGAUGUUCGCCAUCUCACUGUUCCUGACUGUAGCCUUCAGCUCAGACUCUUCCAAGGCUUUAAAAGGACGAAAGAAAGGUCAAAAAGGAAAAGCUUCUCCAGAUCCUGUGCUUGGAGGAAACUCCUUUGCUCCAUCUCAGUUUUAUAGCCUGGUGGAGGAUUAUGAGAAGAGUCUGAUUGAGAUGGUCAACCAGCUGAGAAACACCUCUGACCUGUCAGGAAACCGCUGUGAGGUGAACCUGAGACUAUGGCUCUCAAACAGAAGAAGUCUAUCUCCGUGGACCUAUAUCAUAAAUCAUGAUGAAAACCGAAUUCCAAUGGAUAUACCAGAAGCACGUUGCUUGUGCAACGGGUGCGUUAACCCUUUCACCAUGCAGGAGGAUCACAGCAUGUCCAGUAUUCCAAUCUACAGCAAGAUCCCUGUAAGGAGAAGGAUGUGUGAGCCAACCUCUCAAGGACUCAGAGCACGCAGAAGGAAGAAGUGCCACAAGGAGUAUGUAGCAGUCAUGGAGAAUAUAGCAGUCGGUUGCACCUGUAUUUUCUGAAAGCAUCACUUACCUCUCCAUUCAUCACACAAAUCCAUUUGGGGGGUGCUCACUAACAGAACACCAAGAAGUUAAUUCUCCUUUUUCACUUUAGACUGCCUUCUAUAUUGACCACAUUCUGAACAAAUAUCAUUAUGCUAACAUGCAUCUGACAAAAUUACCGUAACCUUCGGAAGUCUUAAGGGGGAGAUUACCUGUAAAUUAUCCAUAUCUACUGUGGAGGCCUGCUAUACAAUGGUGUCUCUAGGACUCCACUUUAAAACAGGGGUAUGUCUUGCCUGUCUUUUUCCAUUGUACAACGUGAUGGUGCUUUUCAAAUAAAACAUAUUAAUUAUA